AAAAUUGGUUUAUGGUGACCGAAAUUCCACGUAGCAGUGGGCAUUCUUCCCAAGAAUUUGAGCGCUUUCCUCAGCAGAGAGGGCAAAACAGCAAUCAAAACUUACGAAAGAACCAAAAAUUCGUUGUCUAAAAAUGGCGACUACUUUCGCCGGCGGAUUGAACUUGGCAGCAGUUAUUCCUCGUCGUUGUUCUCGAAUUCCUAGGAUGUCUCUCCCAGUCACACGUGGCGCCGAUACAGUGGACUGGUCAGCAGCCACCUCUAACUUCUUCGACAAGGAUUCACGCCCCAUCAUGCUUUUCGACGGUGUUUGCAACCUGUGUAAUGGUGGAGUGAAGUUCGUUCGUGAUCAUGAUCGCAAUAGGACAAUCAGAUACGAAGCUCUACAAAGUGAAGCAGGAAAGAAGUUGUUAAGGAGAUCAGGAAGAUCUCCUGAUGAUAUAUCAAGCGUUGUCUUGGUAGAAAAAGAGAGAUCUUACAUCAAAUCUGAAGCUGUACUGAAGAUCAUGGAAUACAUAGAUUUACCAUUCCCCCAAUUGGCAUUCUUCUUGCAAUUUUUACCUCUGUUCAUUCGUGAUUUUGCAUAUGACAAUUUAGCAAACAACCGUUACACCAUUUUUGGUAAGUCAGAGUCGUGCGAGAUAUAUGUAGAUUAGUAAAUCUUAUAAAUUUUCUUCAUGAAACCCUGUACAUGUGAUUCUGAUCAACUCUGUAUGCAAUUACAGUAGUGUCAUGCCUAAAACAUACUUCAUGCCACUUGUAUCUCUUCAGAUGAUGUUAUGUGUAUAUGUAGUUAUAAAUAUACCACACAGAGGUGUUUACAACUUUCUUGAA